AUGGCUGAAGGGUUUGAAAAAUUAGUUGAAGUACCAACUGAAUUCUUUAAAGAUGGUACUGCUUUCAUCAAAAGAUGUCAAAAACCAAGUAAAAAUGAAUAUUUAAAAAUUAUCAGAGCCGUUGGUAUUGGUUUCAUCAUGAUGGGUGUUGUUGGAUACGUUGUUAAGUUAUUACAUAUUCCAAUCAGAUACUUGAUUGUCUAG